CUUCCCUUGGAACGAUCAACAAAAAUUCCAGUAAUAAUAUCUGUUGCGCAAUUUCGACCGGAGAAGGCACACACUCUCCAACUUGAGGCUUUUUCAGCUGCCAUUAAGAGAUUAGAUCCUACCUUACCAAAACCUAAGUUCCAAAUUGUAGGUAGCUGUAGAAAUAAGUCAGAUGAUGACAGACUUCAAAUGUUAAAAAAGAAAGCAAUUGAGCUGAAUAUUAGUGAACAAGUGGAAUUUCACAAGAAUGUGACAUACAGAGAUUUGGUUGGACUUUUAGGGGGUGCUGUUGCUGGGAUUCAUUCGAUGACAGAUGAGCAUUUUGGCAUUAGUGUUGUAGAAUACAUGGCUGCCGGUGCUAUCCCAAUUGCUCAUAAUUCUGCUGGCCCAAAAAUGGACAUUGUGCUAGAUGAAGAUGGACAGCAAACAGGAUUUCUUGCCUGCACUGUUGAAGAAUAUGUAGACGCCAUUGUGAGGACAGUAACAAUAUUUAAGAGAGUGAACUAUGGAAGAGAGUCUCUUCCUGAUCUCAAUUAUCCUCCUCCCGAAGAAUCAGAAUCAUCAUCGUCUUCUUCUCCUCACAAAAUUACCAUAAGCUUCAGCUUAUGGAGACUGCUCAUUGAUUAUAUCGUGUCCAUUUUCAACAAGAAGGAUGACUCUGCACAAUGA